AUGGAAAGCGAGUUACGAACAACGUUCGAGGCAGGUGCAAGGCUUCGAGCUCAAGGCCUGACAGAGAACUUAACACAAGUUGGACUAUCCAAUGAUACGUAUAUCGUGGAUUUCUCCGAUAACACGUGCACUUAUCGUGAGUUUCAGCUUAAUCGUAUGCCAUGCAUUCUUGCAAGUCGCGCUGCUUGCUUGCGAGGUAAGUUAUUGUACGAUUUAUACUCAUCGUAUUACACAUCGGAUUACUGGAGGGGUGCCUACAGCGAAGCAAUCUAUCCUCUUACGCGUGAAGUGGACUGGAUUGUCCCGAAUGAAAUCUCAAGCACUCCUAUUCUGCCACCGAGUGUACGUCGUCCUCCAGGUAGACCACCCACACGACGUCAUCGAUCCAGACACGAGUCCACCACACGAUUGAGGAAAUGCACUCGCUGUGGUAAAGUAGGUCAUAAUCGGACCACAUGUUCAAAUCCCAUUGUACCACGACCCAUUCAAAUAGGCUCUUCUCUGUGA